GGCACUUGGUGACAGAAGCCAUGGCAGUCAGGCUCCAGCUGCAGCUAGGGAUGGGCAGGCGGUUGUUGCAGCCAGCUGAUUUCCAAGCACUGCCUUCCUCAGGAGAUGCCAUUGCAUGGCAGAAGAAAGCUGGGAAAAUGCUUCUUCCUCGUGAUUUUUCACUUGUUGGUGCUUUCUGUAGGGUUCCUGUCCAAAAGGAGAACUCGGGGAUCGAGGCAGCUGAAGAACGAGUGAAGCCAGCUCCUUCCAGGAGCGAGGGAGGUGUGGAGAGAACCCUCACACCUUGGGCUUCCUCUGACACUUCAGCCAUCAUGUCUCAGCAAGGAGAUGACCGUGGUUCCAAUUCCUCCUCUGUGAGAGGAAAGAAGCAGCGCGGCGCGGUUCCCCCCGUUUGGGAGCAGCAGCCAGCAGGCUGCCAGAGAUCCAGCAGCGCCUGGCAGCGCACAGAGGGACGCGAUGGGGACGGGCCGUCCUCACUGCCACGCAAAAGGGCGGAGCCUGCGCGUCCAUGGAACGGUGCUGGGCAAGGGGGGAAACGGAAAGCCUCCUCUGAAUCUGAUGCCGGUGGCCUUCCUGUGAAGCGCAGCCUUGCGGAAAGGCAGAGGGGAGCUACAGACCAUGACGUGGCACCCAAGAGAGAGAGAGGUGCUGAGCCCAGUGCCAAGAUCUACGUGAAAGCAGUGCAGGAGGUCCUUUCUGAGAGAGCUCGUCUCCAGGCUGGAGGGCUUCCCACAGCAGCAGGUCCCAGCUCAGGGAGAAGACCUUCCCCUGCCGUGUGCCCCCGCUCUGUCUCCCAGUCCCUGGCUGGAGGCAAACGCAAGGGCUUGGAAGCAGAGCAGCAAACAGCAGCGCAGCUGCCUGCUAACAAAAGAGCGAGGGCUCAGAGCGGAGGCAGCGUGCCGGCUCCAGCAGCACAGCCUGGGCCUGCUGCAGCACGGAGCUCCAAGCUGAGAGGUAAGCAGGUGCUGUGGUACCACCCUGCAGGGCAGUGCUGCCCUUACCAAACACUGAAGUUGCGGAGGGUUUGCUUUGCUUUUUCCUUCUCUGCAGAGGGGAAAAGAGUCGAAGCCUACGAAGGCCCAAGGCAGUGAGGUGCCGUGUAACCCCGUCUCUUUCCGUUCCCUCCAUGGUGGUCUUCUGCACCUUUCCACUGGAAGUGUCAUUCACUGAGAGGCUUCCAAUUUCCUUUGUCUUUUUUCUGACAUCUGUUUUUAUGGUACCCGUGUUUCUGCAGUUUUGCUGCAGACAAAAUGAAUUCAGUUUUAUUCUUGCUUUACAGCAAGAAGACAACAAAGAGAGAAAAGAGUGGAACAGAAGAAGGCUGCUCUGAGAGCUGCUGCUGCACGAGCAGAGGUGAGUCCUUGGUGAGCGCAGACACGGCUCUCGCUGUGCUCAGCGCCUCCGUCUGUCAGACAUGGCAGAUAUUGCAGAAGCCCAGGGCAAGCAGUGUAACAGAAAAGCACCCAGCUGUGCGUUCGAGGAAAUCAGCCGUCAGUGAGAGCUGCCCAGGGGAGCUUGGAUGCCUUCCUCCGGCUUGAGAAGGGCAUGUUGGUAACGGCCGGAGGGUUUUGCUGCCAUAAAGAGCCUUGCCAUGUCGGGCACUGCGACCUUGGAAACCUCAUUCCCCCAGCAGAGCAUGAAUCUUAGCAUAGGCAGCUGCUGUGGGAAGUGACCUGAACGGCAGGAACGUGCUGUGCUGCAUGGGGCCGUUCUGGAAGUGACCUGAUCAGCCCUGCUUAGGGAGAUCUCCCCAGAUUGCUCCUGUCCUACCUCUAACUUGCCUC